AUGCCUGAAUACCGCCACGCAAGGAGCGGUAGCCUCAACGUUGCCAACGGCGGCUCACAGCCAAACCCUCCUCCAUCUUCUGCUUCUUCUGCCGCUGGAGGAGGUGGUGGUGCUGCUGCUCCCCGCUUCGAUGGACCCCGAAGCCCUCCGAACACCUCUCACGUUCCCUGCAAGUUCUUUCGUCAAGGCGCUUGUCAGGCCGGCAAUGCCUGUCCCUUCAGCCAUGACUUGAGCAAUGCUGCCGAGAACGUCUGCAAAUACUUUGCAAAGGUGAGGAAACUGCAAGUUCGGUCCCAAAUGUGCAAACAUCCAUAUUCUCCCCGACGGCCGACGAAUUAA